ACCUCUCAGACUUUCUCGAUCAAUCAUAGGGGACAGUGGCUUCUUUUGAUAAAAAACCCAAAUUGUCAUUGGGCAGAUGCAAUCAUGUGACAAGCAGCACGGUCUAAUUCCGACCAUGUCCUCCUGAAAGCAAUAGUUUAUGGCAGAGGUCUCCCUAUGACUAUAACCAGUUAAGUAGUUUAUCAAAAAGAAACCUCGCAAACAUAUAUUUAUAUAUAGAGAGAUAUAUUUUAUCUUUAUAAUUCUUCCCUCCUCUGAAUACCCGCGAGCUUUCCGAGACAAGCAGGAGGAGAUGAAUUACGAAUUUGGGCGAGAAAGUGGUUUUAUCAACAGCCAGCCGUCGCUCGCUGAGUGCCUGACAUCUUUCACUAACCCUGUCGGUGAUGCAUUUCAAAGUUCAUCAAUCAAGAGCUCAGCGCUUUCACAGUCGACACUGAUUCCUCCUCCUUUUGAGCAGACCAUCCCCGGCCUGAACCCGAGCGUCCACCCACGCCACAGCCGCUCCAAGCAGGCUCAGAAGGGCUUCAGUCCGCUACAGGCUGUGUCCCUACCCCCGGAGUACCCGUGGAUGAAGGAGAAAAAAAGCAUCAAGAGGAACCAGGCUGCUUCUGCUUCUUCAUCUUCUUCUGCUCCUGCUGCUGCUCCUGCUGCGACGACGGAUGACUCCUCGCCACUCUACUUCUCCCCCCAAGGUUCACCUGAUACACCAGAGAGUGGUGCUGGCGAUGGAGGGCCAUCAAGGAGGCUGAGGACUGCGUACACCAACACCCAACUUCUGGAGCUGGAGAAGGAGUUUCAUUUUAACAAAUACCUGUGCAGACCGAGGCGAGUGGAAAUAGCUGCUUUGCUGGAUUUAACGGAGAAGCAGGUGAAAGUGUGGUUUCAGAACAGGCGGAUGAAGCACAAGAGGCAGACUCACAGCAAGGAAAACAGGGACAGCGAGGGGAAAUACGCCUGCCUGGACGACGGGCCGGAGGACGAGUUGGAGCAGGCUACAGAGGGCAGCGCCACCGGGACGCUCUUUGAGAGGGAGAGGUAUUUCCACCAGAAUACGUUGACUUCACAAGACUGUCAGAACGCACACAAUGGAGAGAGCCAAAGCCCAACUGUUACCCCUCUGACCAGCAAUGAGAAAAAUCUGAAACAUUUUCCAAACCCGUCAGCCAUUGUGCCCAUCUGCGUGUCCACAAUAGGCCCGAACAAUGACGAUUCCCCGGACCUGGACGCCUCAUUUCGGGAUUUCCAAGUUUUCUCAUCCUCGCCCUCUUUCUCAUCGAGUUUGUCAGAAUCAGCUCAAAGUCCCCUGCCUUUACCCUGCGAGACUUUCGACCUCUUCUCAGAAACACUCACAACAAUCGACCUGCAAAACCUGAGUUAUUGACAUGUUUCGACUUUGGUAUUUGUAACUCAGACGGUUGUGCUCUAGUUUAGGGCGUCAGGGUGGAAAUUUUUAAUAGAUGAGGUAAGUUAAAGCGAAAUAAGCAAAGCUUUUUUUCUUUUUUUUGUUGCCUGUAUGGACUGUUAAAGUAGGCUGGUAGAAGACACAGUGCACAUUUAUUUUUAUAUGGAUUUGGACUAUAAUUGAACACAAUAUUUUUAUUGAAAUAAAAUUUUACAUUGAUUGGACUCAGAUGCGUUUUGGGUUUUUUUUCUCACUUUAAGCCCACAAUAAGCAACUCUAGAGAGCUUAUUGAUUUUACCUCAAUAAAUGAAAAUUAUUAAGAGCAUCAGCCAUAAAAUGAAAUGAAUUCUCAAAAAUGAGAAAAAACAAUAUAAGCUGUUAAUAUAAAAGGAUUAUUUUACCAUUAAAUUAAUUAGCCUGUGAAUGCACUGAACACAUAUAAACUAAAAUUAAAAUAGAAGCUGUAUAAAUGUGUAAUUUUUGUUGCUGUAUUACAUUUUUAUGUUUAUAGAUUGUGCUGAGAGAAUUUCUCCAGCGUGGCCGUGGGUCUGGUAGCAUAUAGUCCACAAAAAGACACACACAAAAAGGAGCACUGCGAGAGAUUCAUUGCCUCUCCAUACUUAAACGCAGAAAAAGAAAAUUUGCUGUGUGAAUUGCCUGCUAGGAGUCCCAGGCCAAAAGCUAUGACUUUUCCUGGCUUUCUAAUUACGUUUUAUUGCCUAUAAAACUCACAGGACUGAGGGUGCUUGUUUAUAGCCCGAGCCGCAAUGUAAUACAAUCUCUUUGAAUUAAGACGUGCGCCUUGCCCCAUUGUGGUUUUCAAAACUUUUUAUGAUGUAAAAUUAAGUAGGACUCAUUCAAAGCAGCAGACGUAAGGCAUUUUUUCCAAAUUGAUAUAUAAAUUUAUGUAACUGAGCCUAUAAAUUAAUUGGAUGAUGUAACUAUAAAACGGAUUAGACUGCGAACAAUGGUCACAUAUCAGUCAAACGGCUGAAGGUAUUUAUGUAUAUGAACCGUUUAUUAUUAUUUUUUUAGUAAAUCAUCAUGAAAUUGAGGUAAAUUUAUGUUGGUCUGGAUCAAAGGCAGUUCGACCCCGUUUAAUGCUAAAGGAAUUUCUCACACCGACCAGUUGAUCCUCUGCUCGACUUAAAGACGCUUUUUCCACAAAGGCCCCCCCUCCAUCCAACUCCCAUUUUUCAUAUACAUUAUUUACUGUUUAGAAUUUAAAAAAAAAUGUUUGGUGAAAAA